AUGUCUGCACCAUCCUUAGCAAGCUGGAUAGCCAAGAAGCCUUUGCUUCUGAAGAUGAUGACGCCUUUGGCUUCAUGGUAUACAAAUGCUGCUGGGUACCGUCAGUUGGGAUUGAGAGCCGAUGAUUUGCUCCCCGAAGAAUCCGAAGACGUCCUUCUUGCGCUCAAGCGUUUACCGCAAAAGGAAGCUUAUGAUCGUGUCUUCCGUUUGAGAAGAGCUGUUCAGUGCUCUGUUCAACAUCAGCUUUUGCCAAAAGACCAACACACCAAGCCGGAAGAUGAUUACGCAUAUCUUUCACCCAUCAUUAUAGAGAUCGCAGCUGAAGCCAAGGAACGUGCCGACUUGGAGUCCUUGACUAUCACCAAAAAUAAGUAA